AUGCGUCAAACCCACGAAGAUAUCGAAACCCUCAAACAUCUAGCUUCCUGCGCCCUCCAGUCUCGAACCUCCAUCCCAAUUUCCCACCCCCGUCUCGCCCCGCUUUCCCAUCCACUCCCAACGCUUCGUUCCGCCGAACAGCUCACCCAACAACUUGUUCACCUCGCCGCGGAAAAGACCCUAUCUUUGUCUUCGCUGUACUCAAAUGACGAUACACUCCACCGAGUCAACCCCGACCUGUCAGCGCCCGACCCACUCUCUGCUUUCUACGCAAAGCUGCGCCAAGUUCGCGACGCUCAUCGUUCGGUCACUUUCGGCGUUACGCAGCCCCGCCCGGUUCCGACAGAAGGCGAGCGCGAUUUGGCUCUGCUCCAUGCCAGUCAUCAUCCAGUUGUGUUUUCUGGCGAGGAGGGCAACGGGCGCUAUCUUGAUUUCAUGCGGCACUACACAGCCUAUCUGAACGUCAUGUCCAAGGCUAAGCAAGGAAAGGAGAAUCAAAUUGAGUAUUACGAAUACGUUGACAAAGCUGUCACUGACUUUGACGCUGUCCCGCCAUCCGUUCGAAGCUCCCACGUCUACAGCAGAUAUCUUUCAGAUCUGUUGGCGUACUGCGUGGAUUUUGCACAGCGCGCGCAUCCGAUGGACCGUGUCGAGGAGCAUAUGGAGGUGGCCGAAGCAAACACGCGAAAAGCCAUGGAGGAAAAAUUGAAAGACAUCUCCCAUAGAAUGGCAAGCCCACAAGCAGUGCUGGACGAGCUUGGGGCCGACGGUGUGAAGAAGGAACUGGUAUCCCUCGGGCAGAAGUGCGGGGGCCGACCAGAGGAUCGCGCGGCGCGAUUACUGAAGGCAGCCAGAAACGGAAAGUUUGGAGAACGGGUGAUACUUGAGGGCGCCGUGAAGUUUGCGGUGGAGGAAGUGUUGGCAGAAGAGAAACGAGCCACUGUGGCAAAUGUGCGUAAAAAGCUGAGUUUGAGCUAUGCAGAAAUUGAAGCGGAACGAAUUGCUGAUGAGGCUGCGGGUGCUGAUGAGGACGAAGAAAUGGAGAGCACGCUCUACAACCCGAAGGACGUGCCACUGGGGUGGGACGGGAAACCCAUCCCAUACUGGAUGUAUAGGUUGCAUGGGCUUAAUCAUGAAUUCAAAUGUGAGAUAUGUGGUAACGCGACCUACAAAGGUCCUCGGGCUUUCGAGCGGCAUUUCACUGACUCGCAACACGUGCAGGGGUUGAAGUGUUUAGGGAUUGGAUACUCCAAGGCGUUUCUGAUGAUCACACGCAUUCAAGAUGCCAGGAUGCUAAAUGAAAAGCUAACCAAGCAAAGCGAGGCAGCGGCAUUUGAUGAGGACGCCGAGAUGGAAUUUGAAGAUCAGGAGGGAAACAUACUGAAUAAGAAGACAUACACAGACCUUAUUAAGCAGGGUCUCUUGUGA